UAGACCAACAUUUCUAAAUAUUUUUUCUUGUAGACCAGUGGUAGUCAACUGGUGACCCGCGGGCAACAUACAGCCCACAACAUUGUUUUUUACAGCCCACUUAAAGAAUCUUCCUAAAAGUAAAUGGGUGAAUCUCAGAUUACGGGAAAUAAUUGGUCUCUAGUGAAUUGCUAAGAGUCCAGGGACAGUUCUACUACUUUUAAUCAAUUUCCUUACAGCUACAGAUGACCUCUAAAUGAGUCGUGUGUGUGUUCCAAGAUUUAUUUCAAAAUAUAAAAAUAUAAAAAUUAAAAACAUUGUAAAAUGUCAUUAGCAUGGCUGUCCCAAAACACAGUAUACAAAGCUGUAGGUUGACUUGUGAACCAAAUUGCUUAAGUUUGAAACUUAUCUACAGAUUUUUGAAAAAUGUAUACUUUAUUGACUGAUUUCUGAAUAUAAGUUUUAUUUCAGUUUUGAAAAUGCUCAGAGUACUUUGGAUCAAAGUUGGUCCCUAGUGUUUUGUGUCAUUAGCAUGGUCAAAGUUUGUAAGCUCCUGGAAGAUAAAAAAAGGUUUUGUUGUUAUUCUUUUACUGACAAGGAUAUUUAGUUUCCAUUAGGUUGGCAGAACUAACUUGGUUUUGGAGGGAACUACAAGCCUAAGUUGAUGUUAUCAUAUAUUGUGUGGACUUUUUAUGGUGAGUAUGAAAAUUGAUUGUCAUUAGCAUGGAUGUUGUAAUUGCUAUAAGUAGUAAUUAUUAAAAAAUAUUUUUGUUCAGUAUGAUUGUUAUCUAUGUUUACUUCUUCAUGGCUUAGUGAAAGUUUAAUGGGUCUUCAAAUAUUAAUGUGAGGUUAGGUUAAAGUAAAAAUUUUCAUUAGCAUGGACAAAUUCAUUGUCAUUGGCAUGGGCAUUUCUGAAAUUGCUGACCAUGCUAAUGACACCAGUCCAUGCUAAUGAAAUAUUUUUCUUUUACAGUUGGAUAGGAUACAUAAUUUCACUAAAACUCGAGUUAUAAACAUCAAGUUAAAUAUUUUGCUUUGAGGUUUUUGUAUAUGUUUGUGUGUUUGUAUAUAUAUGUAUAUGCUUAAAAUUUAGAUUUGUUCAUUUCAAUUUGAAAAUCCAAACUAAGUUUUGAAUGAUACGGAGUACAUUUGUUAUGUUUAUAUGGUUACAGAUUAACUGGUAGUAUGGCUAGAAAGAAAGCUGCAAUGAGUACAGCAGAAAGAUUGAAGAAAAAAAAAGAAUGUGAAAAAAGAAGAAGAGAGAGGCUCAAAAAAGACCCUGAAAAACUCAAAGCUCUCCAAGAAAAGAAACACAAAAUAUACUUGAAAGCAAAAGUUACCGGCAAGGUGAAACUUGUUGCUGAUUUUAAUGAAAGACAAAAAAGACAGAAACGAAAAGAAUGGAGGCAAGCAACUAAAAAAUACAGAAAUAAGAAGAAAGAGGAAGAAGAAAUGCAGGCGUAUUUACAAGAAAAUGUACAAAAUGUGUGUGAUUCAGAAAGAGUCAAUCAAGAAGGUAAUGAAAACAUACCAUGCACAUCGUCAUAUUCUGAAAGAGAAAGAGUCAGCACACAAAAAAAAAAGGGAAGAAAACAAAUUCGACGAAACAAAACAAAAUCUUACCGGCAAAUUAAAAAAUUGGAAGCAGUAAACAGUGCCCUUAUGAAAAAGUACCACAAAUACAAGAAAAGGUAUCAGAGAUUGCUGAAAGGGAAAGAAAAGACUCCAACAUUGACUCCAAAUACAAAAGUGAAGAAAAAUCUCCGCGGAAGAAAAGUGCCUGAUGAUGUUCGCCGUAAACUGGUGUUUGCAGAAGUAAUUACAAAGGAACUGGAAAGCAAAUUUGAUAGCAUUAAAAAAAGUGAAAGAGAGAAACAAAUUUUUACAAAGGUGAUCUCUGGAAGAAUUUUAAAAAAGUAUAGAAUGCUGACUCACACUAAGCAUUUUCUCCCCUUAAAACUGCAUCUUGCAAACAAAAGGCGUUCACAUGAAUUAAUUUAUGAAAGGCAAAAGAAAGCAAGUAUUGAAUUUAUGAAGAGGAAGGUAAGUGAUUUUUUAGAACAUGAGGGUAAUUCUACUUUAUGCCCAGGUAAAAAAGAUGUGGUUUCAAGAAAUGGGAAGCAACAGCAGAAACGCUAUUUGAACAACACAUUAAAAAAUCUGCAUGCAAAGUUUCUACAGGCAGAGAACUUCAGGAUCAGCUAUAGUUCAUUCUGUAGAUACAAGCCUUCUUGGAUUGUUCCCAGGAAAGUACAUGAAAGAGAUACGUGCCUCUGUGCUAAGCACGAAAACAUGAAGCUUCUUGUUCAAAAACUACAUUUCUUAGAAAUUAUUAAGGAAAGAAAUAUUGAUGAUUUUUUAAAAGCUCUUACAUGUGAGAAAACUAGUGAAGAAUGUCUAGCCAGAAGGUGCCCGCUUUGUACAAACAAGCAUAUCACAUUCACAGAGAAGGAAUUUGACUUUGACGAACAAACCAAUGUAAAACAAUGGUGUCACAAAAAGGAAAAAGUACUAAGCAACAAAACAAAACAAAUGAUUACCAUUCAGAAAACUACUAAAGAAGAAAUUUCCUGCACAGUCGGUGAAUUAAUUCAAAUGCUAGAAAACAGAAUAGUACCUUUUAUGGAGCACAUUUUGAAUAUCAAACACCAGCUCGAAGUUAUGCGAAAUCUAAAAACUCAUUUAGAUGAUUCACAACUUGUAAUGCACGUUGACUUCUCAGAAAACUAUGCAUGCAAAUAUGCUUCAGAAACCCAAUCUGUUCACUUUGGUGCUUCGAAGGAACAAAUAACAUUACAUACAGGUGUUAUGUAUACUGCUGGUGGUAUCAAGGAAUCAUUUUGCACUCUAUCCAAGUCAUUGAGACACGACCCAUAUGCCAUUGCAGCUCAUCUUACACCCAUUCUUGAUAAGUACUUGAAACAAUUUCCAACUGUUUCCAGAAUUCAUUUCCUUUCAGACAGUCCAAGCACUCAAUAUAGAAAUAAGACCAUGUAUGCUCUGAUAAGCUACUACAUCCCCAAAACAUUUCUGCAAAUAGACUCUAUUACUUGGAACUAUUCCGAGGCAGGGCAUGGGAAGGGAGCACCCGAUGGUGUUGGCGCUGUUUUGAAACGAACUGCUGACCGUAAUGUAGCAGAAGGAAUUGAUAUCAGUGACAUUGACACCCUGGUUGCGAGUUUAGGAGAACAUAUUUCUGGAGUACAUGUUGAGGUAGUGCUAGAAGAAAGUAUCAAAGACGUUGAAUUAGUAAUGGAAGAUGUUGAGAUAAUGUCCUUCCCUGGGUCCAUGAAAGUUCACCAAUUGAAGUGGAGCAGAAACUCUUGUAAAGUUCAUUUCCGGAAACUUAGCUGUUUCAUCUGUCAUACUGACAUUUGUUCACAUUAUCAUAUGGGAGUUCUUACUACAAGCACAAUGACAAAAGAUCCUGUACACCUCACAGAUUUUAAAAUUGGAGAUUGGGUACUGGUUACUUAUGAUGGAAAACAGUAUCCAGGUGAAAUAAUCGGUAUUCUUCAGCAUGCAAUAGAAGUGACUGUGAUGUACCCAACAAUUGGAAGGAAGUACAGAUGGCCUGUGCAUAAGGACCAGCACACAUAUGGACUGAGUGACAUUGUGAAGAAGAUAGACAGUCCAACACCAUCUGGCUCAAGAGCUGCUUUCUUUGUUUUUAAAGAUCUCUAGAGCCAAAUGACAUUGUGUGUGAUGUUUAACCUUACCAUAUUGGUGCACUUAAAUUUUUACUUGUUUUCAAAUAACUAUGGCAAAGUGAACUAGGCCUAUAAUUUUAAUGUUUAAAUAUGCAUGUUAGUUUUUUAAGAUAAGAAGUAGACUUUGUAAUUUUUUUCAUAUUUCAAUACCAAAUUAUACAGUUCUAUUAUUAAAAACACUGUUUUCCUUCUAAAUAAGCCUAAUUGUUAUUUAAUAUUAAAAGAAUAAAUUAACAGGUUCCUUUUUUAAUUUCAUUUAUCUAUGUAUUUUAUCUGGACAGAAUUGCCUACUGACUAUCUACACUUUUUGUAUGCUUAAUCAUUUGCAUGGUGUCAUAUGUCAUUAGCAUGGAUGCUUUUGUCAUUAGCAUGGUUGCCUGAAUUUUGAAGUUUUAAAAAAAGUUGAAAUUUUACAUUUUCAGCUCUGCUGACAGGAUACAUCUCUUCAUCUACCUUUGAGUAGUAGCUCAUAAUUUUUUUUUAAUUUUUAAAACUCAUUGUGAAAAUAAAAAAACAGCACAGUAAAAUGGCCUGUAAUCUGAGAUUCACCCAAAUAUUACCAGAUAUACUGUCAUGUUUUAUUGUCUUUGUUUACAUAUAUGUGCAAAAGAUUUGUCAGUAGACACUUUACAGAAGCCAUAAUAUUCUCACACUAUAUAUAUAUAUAUAUAUAUAUAUAUAUAUAUAUAUAUAUAUAUAUA